AUGAUGUUCCUCUUGUACUGGCUGAACAAGUUCAUUUUCCCAAAUCGCUCAUCGGCAGUUCUGCUUGAGUACAAGCAUCUGGCAGAAGCUCUGCACAAUCACACGGAUGUGGGGCUUGGGCCCAGAGUUCUGGCUCAUCUGUUCAAAAAUCUCCAUACUGCAACCUUGGAGAAUCCCCUGAACUUGUCUGCUCCUGGUGCAUUCUGGAUGAUCCAGAUCUGGCUGCAGGUGUACUUUCAAAAACUGAGGUUCCCAGAUAUAGUUAUGCCUGAAGAUCAAGUUCUGGCGCUUCUGUUAAUGUCAGUAGAAGUGCCCAAGAAGUCAAUUAAAGAGUACAUGAUGUUCUUUAGGCACUGUACUAAGAGAUCUGCAGCUCAGUGGAAAGUGGUGAUUAGAAGGACCUAUCCUUGGUUCCACCCUGGGAAGAAGUUCCUGAGCGUGACUCUGCCCCGAGACCUGCCUUUUGGGGGUGGGAAGCCUCCAAAUUAUCAUUCGGGGGCAGAAGUGUACCACCCCAACUUCUGUGCAAGGCAGCUUGGUUGCCCUCAGCUUAUUCCGCUUAAAUCAUACAGAAGCUGCAGUCGGGCCACUUCCUGGAGGGAUUCGAAUGAUCUGGAAGUGCAUAAGGAUGCCAGGUGCUCGGUGAACAAGAUAAACAAUAGUGCAGAUGCUCUUUAUCCAUCAUGGGAACCUAAUUCAUGUAGUUCUGCUGAGUUUGAUGCUUGGUGGAAAGCCAGAUUCCAAGGUUUGCCUGCCUCAAGUACUACCCUCAAAGUGCUUUUUGAUGGCUGGGAUUCCUGGGCUGUUCAUGCAGGAGAUGAAACCCACAGAUUUAUGGUGCAGACCAUUAAGGACAUCAAUGCUCAAGUUAUGGAAGAUCCUUCUUUGACAAAGAACAUUGGGGGCCAGGUUGUCCAGGCUGGAGAAGUGAUUAUUGCUGGAGAUUUGGAACUCCCUUUUGGAGAUGAAGGGGAUGCACAAGAGACUCUGGCAGAACAAACAAGUGUUGAGACAACUCCUUCAGCUAGAGGGAAUAAGAGGAAGGAAACUGCCCAGGCUCUGGAUAGUGUCGUCCAGCUUGAGAACUCAGCUGAAAAUUCUCCCCCUCCUCUUACUACGUCGAAAAGACUUAGGAAGAGGACUGUGGUGGAAUAUGUGGCCACAGAAUCUGUAGUAGCUCCUACAACUACCUCUGGAACUGAUAAGGAGUUGAGAGAGGCUUUUGAGGCUGUGGAGCAAGAGAAAGAUGUUGUGGAAGGAGUUCAGGAGAAAACCAAAAAGGUGGAAGAUGAUGAGGAGAUUCCUGUUGAGGUGAUAGCAGAGAGUAUUGCCUUGGCUAAGCAACAUCAGGAAGCUCAAAGGACAGAACCCACUAGCUCAGAGUUGGCUUUAUCUGAUGACGUGGAGGCAGAACAUUCUGUUGCUGUUCCAGAGCCUGAAGGGGAGGCAAAACACCCUAUUGUUGUUCCUGUACUUGAGGUGGAAAAAGAUAGAACUGCUGGACUUCUGACCGUGGCAAUCAGUCCUCUCAAGCCUCUUAUUGUAGCUAUUCCUAUCCAUUCUAUCCCUAGUUCACCAGCCACGACCUCAUUUGCUGAUCCAGAAUGGCAGAGCAGUGGACAAAGUAAAAUAUGGCAGUCAACUGAGCUGGACUUGGAUGAGAAUAGAGAAGCUGUUGACCAACUGAUGAAGGAUCUGGACCUGUUGCAUAGGGAGAACAUGGCUCCUAGACCUAUCCUCGAGCUCAGCUUAGUCCUGGCAAGAGAUGUGCUCAAUCUCCACACUCGUUACGAAGAUCUCAUGCCUUCCUUCAAUGCCUCUGAAUUCUACAAGGCUAUGCAUGAAGCCAACCUGGCUGAUUAUCAAAAACAAAAAGCAGAAUUGGAUAUUCUGGUUGCUGACUACAAGGAGGCUAAGACUGUUGCUGAUAAGCUGGAGAAGUAUAUUGAAGAACUUCAAGAGCAGCUGGCUGGACUGAGGGAGAAGCAAAACAAGCUUGUGGCUGGAUUGGGUACCAAGACUAAGGCCACUUUUCUUGUUCAGAACAUGGUCUCGGCCUCUAGGCCAGCAUUGGAGAUUGCAGAGGCUUCUCUCCAUCAAGGGAUGCUUCUCCAGCAAGAAAUUUCUACUAAGAAGACCGGACUGCAAGAAAACCUUAGAAAACUAGGGCUUUAA